GUUAAUUUUUCUAUCAAUAUUCAGUCAGUCUUUUAUAAUCAUAACCGCUGAUAAUGCAGUUUUCUACAUACGUAGGUGUAAUUCUUGUCGCAGGGCUUCUAUGUGACGCAGCAAACGCGGAAAUUGACAGUGAAAAUGAUACGGACGUGGACUUAAAAACAUGGAUUGAUACGGUGAUACUCAGCAACGGAAAGAUCCAAUCGCAGUUAGAGUUAACGCAGUCGACACUAGAACAUCAAUUGGCCACAACAGGAAAAGUCGAAGAGGAAGUAAAAUAUUCAAACGAGGUAUUGGAAACCAUUUUACAGCAAUCAGGAGAAGGAAACAAAAAAUCUGACGAUUUCUUUAAAGAAAUUCGGGGCAACCUAGGAGAAAUCUCCUCGAAAAUUGACGAAAUUGCUGUUGGGCCCAAAUCACUUUCGCCACAUUAUAGAAUUGGUGGGCCCAAGCCUUUCGGUUAUCCGAAAAGCUGUGCCGAGUAUAGCGAGGAUUACUGUGAGGAUGGUACUUGCCGCAUAAAGGUUCCUCGAUAUUCAUCCGAGGAAUUUGUGGUUGCUUGCGACGACAAUAAGGAAGGAAAUGGAUGGACAAUAAUACAGAAACGUCAGGAUGGUUCCGUAAAUUUUCAGCGUAAUUGGGUUGACUAUAAAUCCGGUUUCGGUAGUGCAAACGGUGAAUAUUGGAUUGGUUUGGAUAAAUUGCAUGCCCUCACCACAACUCAGGGGCGUCAAGAGCUAUUGGUUAUACUAGAAGAUUAUCAUGGCAAUACCAAAUAUGCACGCUAUGAUGCAUUCGAAGUAGGUCCCGAAUCGCAACGUUACAAACUGAAAUUGGGUUCGUAUAAAGGCGAUGCGGGCGAUUCGUUAAGUUAUCAUGAAAAUGCUGGCUUUCACACCAAGGACAACGACGGCACCAAAAAAUGUGUUAGGGAUUAUAAGGGCGGUUGGUGGUAUAAGAAUUGCUUAAGAACAAAUCCAAAUGGAAUUUAUUAUCGUACGGAAAAAGCAGCAUUUCUUGGCAGCGGAAUAUAUUGGAGGACGUUUGUUGAUGGCAACUACUCCUUAAAAUCAAUUAAAUUGCUGAUAAGGCCUAAGGAUUAUUAACCACAUUUUCUCUGUACAUACAUAUAUAUAUUGUAAUAAAUUUUAUUAAAGCAGAAAAAAAA